AUGAGUGCUGCACCUACUGAAGCUGUCCAAGAGGCCAAUGUGAAUGCGCCGGCCGACAAUGCGCCAGCGCAGGAAAUGCUCGCGCCUACACACUGGGAGAAUACUGAGGAUACAGAUAACUCAGAUACCGAUUCAACGCUAGGCGACGAUGCCGCUAGUUCGACUGCCUCCAUCAACUCCAGCAUUCUCCAGUACCGCACCAUCAAUGGCCGAACGUACCACGCCGAUAGAGGCGAGGCUCAGUACUGGGCCUCCAACGACAACCAGGCCUCCGAGGCGCUAGAUAUCAUUCACCAUACUGCUACGUUGGUCAUGGACGGCAAGCUUCACUUCGCGCCGAUUGAGGCGCCUGGUAAAGUGCUGGACAUUGGCACUGGAACUGGAAUCUGGGCUAUGGAUCUUGGUGAUGAGUUCCCAGAGGCCGAGGUCAUUGGCACUGACAUCUCGCCCAUCCAGCCUUCCUGGGUUCCCCCAAACGUCAAGUUCGAGAUCGAAGAUUUCACCCUCGACUGGACGUUCCCUCCAAACUCGGCCGACUUUGUACACAUGCGCUUCCUCUACGGCAGCGUCCCCGACUGGUACGCUCUGUACGAGCGCGCGUUCCAAGUGACCAGGCCCGGCGGCUGGAUCGAGAGCCACGAAGGAGACCCCAUGGGCUGCAGUGACGACGGAAGUCUCAAGGAUGGCAGCGCAAUUGCUGAGUGGGGCAAGUUCUUCCACGAAGGCGGUCGCAAGCUCGGCCGUGUCUUUUCACCUCUGCCGGACAAUUUGCAGGAGAAGGGCCUCAAGGCCGCUGGUUUCGUGGAUAUCCAGUCCAAGACGAUCAAGGUCCCUGUUGGAGACUGGCCUCGGGAAGAGCGAUUGAAGGAGAUUGGCAGGUUCACCACAAUGAGCAUUUUGUCCGACGUUGAGGGUCAUAUUUCCUUCAUGGCUACUCUGCUUGAGGGCUGGUCGCGCGAGCAGGUUGUGCUGUACUGCGCGCAGCUGCGGAAAGAGUUGAAGGCCAGGAAGGCGGCGGCACAUGCUUACUAUCUUCAGCGCAUUGUUUGGGGACGCAAGCCAGCCGAGGGUGAGACUGCAAUAUCUGCUUAA